GCUGCUGGUGUGUGCUGGGCUGGGCUCAACGUGAAGAUGCAGCCAUGGGGGAUCCAGGCGGCUCCACUCCUUUGUGCAGCAUGAACCAUGAGCCAAAGUCACCAUCGUUAGGAAUGAUCUCCACGGCGACCCGUACCACGGCGACGGUCAGCCCCCUCACCCCAUCGCCUCUAAACGGCUCCAUCAUAGCCAAUGGAAGCCCGGCUAACCAGUCAGCUCACUCCGGAUUUGCUGCAGCCCUCCGUAAACUGGCAAAACAGGCUGAAGAACCUCGAGCUGCGUCCUCCAUCAGCAGUGAAUCAUCCCCAGUGUCCUCCCCAGCCACCAACCACAGCUCUCCAGUCAGUACACCCAAGAGAGGACCCCUUGGUCCAGGGCCUGUCUUGGUUCCCUCAGCAGGUCACAGCGUGCCAAACACUCCACCUGUAGUCACCAUUGCUCCAACCAAGACUAGCAACGGCCUUUGGAGGAACGACGGACGCCAGGCUGACUCAGGGCCUCGUGGGGCCAGCAGGGAACGUCUGGGUGCAGAGGGGACCCUCCCCCAGGAAAAGGGGGGCCCCUCAGUCCCUGCCCACCUCCUGGGAAACCCCUAUGCCUUUGGUCUCACUCCCGGUGCUGUCAUGCAGGAUUCACGCUUCCAGCCACUUAAUCUGCCUAGACAGUUGCCUAAUGCAGUACCGCCUGGUCAUGUACCAGAAGAGUACCUCCGCGGUUUUCGGCCCUAUGCCACAACAGAGGAUGCCCUCCGCAUGCCCUCUUUGCCCUUGAGCCUGGACCAUGCCACUGCAGCUGCUUACUACCACCCCAGCUACCUGCCCCAUCCCUCCUUCACGCCAUACAGGAUGGAUGACCCGUUCUGCCUCUCUGCUUUGAGGUCACCUUUCUAUUCGCUACCAGCAGGGGGAGCUUUACCCCCCAUGCAUCCCUCUGCUGUUCACAUGCACCUACCAGGGGUCCGCUACCCAGGAGACUUCACACACCCUUCACUGUCAGCACUGCAGUCUGAGAGGCUUCAGCUGGAGGAUGAGCUGCGGCAGCGAGAGAGGGAGCGGGAACGAGAACGUGAGCGCGAAAAGGAGAGGGAGCGUGAGGCGGAAAGAGAGAAAGAACGGGAGAGAGAACGAGAGAGGGAAAGAGAGCGAGAGAAAGAGCUGGAGAGGGAGAGAGAGCGUGAGCGAGAAAGGGAGCGUGAGAGAGAACGGGAGAAGGAGAGAGAAAGAGAGAAGGAACUGGAGAGGCAGAAGGAGAGAGCUCUGAGGGAGAAAGAGCUGCAGGCGUCCAAGGCCAUGGAGAGCCACUAUCUGGCUGAGCUCCAUGCCAUGAGGGGGCAGGAGGACCGAACCAAGCCUGAGAGACUGACCCCUAAUCGGGCUGAUAAAACCAAAGAGCCCGCCCUUCCAGCUCCCAAACCAGUCCCGCCAGGACUCCACCCCUCAGUGGUACAACCACAUCAUCCUGUCCCUGGUCUAAUCUCAGGCCACAGCCUCUACAUGGGGCCCGGUGCUGUGGGGGGGCUCUCGUCCGCAAUGAUCACUCAGAGGAACAAUGAGGAAGAGAGGUGGUUGGCGCGGCAACGCAAGCUGCGUCAGGAGAAAGAGGACCGUCAGUACCAGGUGUCUGAAUUCCGCCAGCAGGUUCUGGAGCAGCACCUGGAUUUGGGACGGACAGCUGACACACCAGAUCACAGGACAGACUCACACAGAACAAAUCAUCAUGAACCAGGAAGCCGGGACCUCCACCCUCACUUAGGUGCCCCUCCACCCCUCAUCUCCCCCAAACCUCCUCAGCCACAACGUGAACACCACCCUCCACCUCCCACCACCCUGUGGAACCCUGCAUCUCUUAUAGAAACAGCCUCAGAGUCCAGACGUAACCACGAACCCUCAGGGAUGGGACACUAUGAGCUCAGUCGGCUGCCCCCGGGGCUCUCCAAAUAUGAGGAUGGGGCCAGGAGAAGAGAGGGGGGAGUGAUGGAGAAGUAUCCCCCACUGAAAGGUCCUCAGGGCCUGCCAGAGCCAAACACAUUCCUCGCUGAUCUGGAGAAAUCCACCCAGUCCUUCUUCAGCCAGCAGAGGGCAUCACUGUCCCUGUCCAGCCAGUAUGAACUGGAGGGGGCUGGGAAAAGCAGUGCUGGAUUGAAGAGCCUCCAGGGACACCAGGGGCACAGUAGACAAGGACAAGCACUAGGGAUGGUGACUGGGACAGGGAUGGGGCAGGUAGCCACACUGGGGAUGGCUCCAGAGACAAUGUUGAUCUAUGAUGAGUUCCUUCAGCAGCACCGAAGGCCUGUCAGUAAGCUGGACCUGGAAGAAAAGAGGAGAAGGGAGGCCAGAGAUAAAGGUUACUACUAUGAGCUGGAUGACUCAUAUGAUGAAAGUGAUGAGGAGGAGGUGAGAGCUCACCUCAGGCGAGUGGCAGAGCAGCCCCCACUCAAACUGGAUGACUCCACAGAGAAAUUGGACUUCCUGGGAAUGGUUGGCCUGACCACAGUGGGCCGGCGGGAUGAUCUGGUGCAGCAGAAGAGAAGGAAGAGGAGAAGGAUGCUCAGGGAGCGCAGUCCCUCGCCACCUGCCCUGCAAUCAAAACGCACUCCCCCUCCUCCUCAACUCAGUACGCGCUUCACUCCUGAGGAGAUGGACCGAGCGCCAGAGCUGGAGGACAAGAAGCGGUUCCUCACCAUGUUCAGACUGUCCCAUGUCACUAUUCAGCAGAGGAGAGAUAAUGAAAGGGUGGUGGAGCUGCUUCAGGCCAUUAAAGAAAAGAGCGUAACCUUGGAUACCAUCAGACAUGCCCCUCAUCCGCUAUGUAAGAGCCCUCCAGCGCAGAUCUCUGAUUCUGCAUUCGCCCAGCCUCCCUCUGAAUCAGAAGACCACCACAGCGUCAGACCACAUAGCCCCUCUUCACAUUGCCCAGUGUCCCCGAAUGGCCAUCCAAAAACCCUCGGGGACACAUUAAGACCAAAGGAACCCCCUUCUCCAGCUGUCUACCCAGACAAGGCCCGGGGGCCCAGUGAGGGACCGAUCUCUAAGAGGAGCUCUAGCCUGCUGAACAGCUUGCGGCCCCCGCUCCCCCUGCAGGCUAAAGAGGGCCUUCACAGCGUCAAUGGACGCCCCAAACCCUGGGACAGCUUCACCCCGGAGGAAUUCGCUCAGCAGUUCCAUGAAUCUGUGCUUCAGUCCACUCAGAAGGCUCUGCAGAAACACAAAGGCGGAGCCACAGGGAUGUCUGAAUCCUCUCACCUUCAGGAGUCCUCCGUUCACUACAACAUUCCAGAGCUUCAGAGCGCGCCUGGCCGGCCACCUCAGCCACAUUCACAGUCCCACUCUAAUACACAUUCAUUUGCCCAUCCACUCACACAAACUCACCCUCAGCCCAAUGGGCAGCACUUCUCCGUACCCCUUCACCGGGAGGCCUCAGGGACGAGGGAGGACCUGUCUGGUCCAGAGGAUGAGGAGGAAGAAGAGGAUGAGGAGGAAGAGGAGGCCCCAACUUCCAAGUGGCAGGGGAUUGAAUCUAUAUUUGAAGCUUAUCAGGAAUAUGUUGAAGAGCAAAGUUUGGAACGACAAGUAUUGCAGAGUCAGUGUCGAAGACUAGAAGCUCAAAACUACAACCUCAGUCUGACUGCUGAGCAGCUGUCUCAUACCAUGGGGGAGCUGAUGUCACAGAGACAGAAGCUAGCAGUGGAAAGGGAGAAGCUGCAAGCAGAGCUGGAGCACUUCAGGAAGUGUUUGACACUGCCGCAAACACACUGGUCAAGGGGUGGCCAUUACAAGGGCUACCCUCCCAGGUGACCCCAACAUGCCCACCUGAUGUCCCCCAGGCCUCCAGCCACCUCUCCUUUCAGACUGACACCCAGAGUUUAUUUUUCACGGCCUGGUCCACAUGGCCCCAUGGAGGAGAAUAUGGCUGGCUAGAUAAGAUGAAUGAAUGGAUGAAUGAAUGAAUUGAAUGAAUGCAUAUAUGGAUGAUAGAUGAAUGCACAGCAGACAGGACCAUACAGUGAAGGACAGGCAGUCUUUGGAUUGUGGCCAGCCAGGGACUGCGCCACAAGCCACUAAUGUGUGCCAAUGUAGCCAACCACGAGAUCAGCAAGAGUACGGGGCAGGAGCACCUGAAGAUCAACACAUACACACAAAUACACACACGCGCACCUGCUUUGCACACAUUCUCCAGUCCCUGCUGCUCUAUUGUUCAGUCUCUGCAUCCCUCACCGCCACAGCCACACAGACAAUCCUGCCAAUGAGGGAGCAGCUACCCCAGGAGGGGUGUCGUCAAGAGACUUGAACGCUCCAAAUCUCCAAACGAAUGCUUCUGGCCAGUCGGGACUGAUUUUAUUACAGUGGCCACAAGAGCUUUUGAACUGGAAAUGCACUUAAGAAUAAAAGCUGAAGAACUACCUGGUGGUACUGUGUUACAACAAAGAACUGUUCAAAUUAGAGAAGAACUUACAAAAUGCACACUUUUGGAAAGAAUUAAGGAAAUGUUUUAUUUCAAAAUAGAAAAUUUGAGAAUAAGAAUUUUAAAAGGUGCUUCAGCCUUGUAUUGUACAUAAUAUGAAGACUUAAAAGAAUUUUGUAUGUUUUUAAUUACUUUAAUCAUUGUUCUUUUAAAAGAAAAAGCCUGCCAUUUUUAUAUGUUUAUGCUUUUGGGUUGGAAAAGAAAGCCUUGCUUUUAGUGUUUGUACUGCUGCUGGCCAGAACAGCUCACUUUGAGACAUUUAACAGAGUGAGAGAAAACAGGACACACUCCUUGUCUUACUCUUUCCUGGCACUGCGCAGCUGAGACCCAGCCACAGCCACCUCCUCCAGCCUCUGAGAUCAGCAAAGCUUACUUAGAGGUCCUGUUAGACAUGGCUCCUGCACUCUCAUCCGCCUUCCUUCACAGCAACAUGUGUCUGCCUGUUUGAACAACUCCUCUGUUCAGCUCCUCUCAAAAUGUUUCACUGUUGCUGGCUGUGACUAGUUAGCUCGUGAAACUCUCUCAUACAGACACCAGUUGAGAUCCACAGUGACAAUUUUCUUUUUUAAACGUUGGUCACUCGACUUACUUGAGUAUUUUGUAUAGACAUGAAGAGUCUUUCAAAGCAACCAGCUGAUGUAACUGGUUCUUAAUGCUUUAUCCUACCAUUGGACCUUCACUUUACUUUCUAUGACAUUAUACAGCAUCAGACUCAAACAAUGCAACGGUUUGCAUAAAGUUACGCCUUACAAGAUCAAACCCUUAUCAGCAGCCGUGAGAGGACAUAGUGCCAAACUGAGAAACAAACAGUAGCAUUUUGGAUUCUUAAUUUUAAAUUAAGUUGCAAUUAAUUAGCCAAAAUUUUUGAACCAGAAUGGCCAUCUUCCACUGCUGAACACCUUUGACCACACAUAUCUCCUUCCUGCCGUUCUGUUUUUUUGGACAAGUUGCCAAUGGCUGGAAAUCACACAAAAAGAUCAUUCAAAAUGGGCAUUUCAUAGUUCAUAUAAAAUCAGGCCUCAUACCUGUUUACAACCUCUGUCUGUCCCCUCAUCCUCAUGUUAUUUUGAUUUUCUGCCCUGUAACUCAUGUCUCCUCAGCAAUAUGGUUGUGGGUGCAACUGGAAUACCCCCAAAGAAAAUCUACAAGGUGUAUAGAUGAUUGAAUUGAAGGGGUUUGACCCAAGCUGCACAACUUAUGAUGGUUGUUCUGAAAAAGAGUGAGGAACAUCAGUAUUUUGAAGUAAACAAAUACAUAAAUACAUUUUAAAAUUAGCAAGAAGUUACAAAAAUAGACAAGACUGAAGCACAACUACCCCCCACAUACAGUAUAUCAAUUACAAGUGCCUCAAGAAUUUGGGAGCAUGCGAAUAAGUUGCAGUUGCCCACAUGAGCAUCUACACGUAACAUCAGUGAUCAGGGACUUGUUGCUAUAUGCAACAAGCAGUACAACCUUUUAUCAAGUCAACGUGUCUCACCCCUCUCAAAUGCGUUCAAGUUAAGGAGAGCUGACACAGAAAUCCUUUAUCCAAACAUGGCAUCUAGAAAAAAAAUUGAUUCAACCUUUUUUCAUAAUUGAGGCCCAAGCCGGUUAAGAGGAUCAGAGGGAUACUGAGCAUACUCGUUUUUACAGAGUUAAGGGGAGCCAGGAGUUGGUUUAUAAGGGAGCAUGCACGCUGAGCGAAGCCGCCAAUGAGCUGGGGAGGAAGGUGCAGUACAGUGAGCCCCUUAUGCAGCCUCCCUGUCUCCAACCCAUGCACGCCCAUGCAAUAGCCCCAUUUACUCAGUGGAGGAUGUCUAGAUGCUGUGAAAAUCCUGUUUUUAAAAUGUACUUGUUUGAAUUCAUUGUAAUGUAAUAUAUUCUUUGUUGAAUGUAGUAAUUAGGUAUUUAUGAAUAUAUGGCUGUGA